AUGGCUGAGUUGCAGCAACCAGAAGAUCAAAAUAAUGGCGUUGGAAACACAAACCCUAUCAAAACCCUAGUUCCUGGUGGCGCUGGUGGUGGAAGUAAUCAAUCUGAGAACCCGUUAGGGUUGGGUACUAAAAGACAACGUCGUCCAAGUGUAAGAUUAGGAGAUAUUGGAGAUCAACAAGACAAUAACAGCAAUAGAAGAAGCAGCAAACAACAAUGGAAUGCUUCUUCUACUAAAUUCAGACAGCAACAAUCAUCUCAAAAGGAGCUUGUUUUACCCGGUAAAUCUUCAAAGACUCGACCUUUAUUGAAUUUAGGUAAUGGUAGUGGUAGUGGUGGUAGUGGUGAUUUUGAUAAUGAAACAAUUGAGUCUGAACAAAACCCUAAUUUGGAUACGCCCAUGACUGCAAAUAGAAGGGGAAAGUCUAAAAGAGGUGGCUUUUUGGGUGGGGAUGGUGGAAGGAAUAAAAGGGUUAGGACUAAUUGGGUUAUCAAAGAAGAAGAAGAAAGUCCUAAUCAUUUAUUAGAAAAUACUACUCCGCGGAGAACGAAUUCAGGUGUUGAAACGAGACCUGGUACAGAUGGGGGUUUAUUGGUGGUAAAGAGACCAGUUAGAAGUACUAGAGAUAAUAGCAACAAUCAUGGUGGUAAUCUUGAAUUAGAUGUAAGUUCUGAUGAUAAUUGGAAAUGUGGAACAAGUUCAGCCAGAGAUGGAGGUGGUAGAGAGAGGGGGGAAAGAAUGAGAUGUAUGUCACUUGAAGAUGGAGUUCAGUCAGUACUUAAUGGAUUGGGAUUAAGUCGAUAUGCACCUAUUUUUGAGAUGCAUGAAGUGGAUGAAGAAGUUUUGCCGCUUUUGACAUUGGAAGAUCUUAAAGAUAUGGGUAUUAAUGCUGUUGGAUCGAGGCGGAAAUUGUUUUGUGCUAUUCAAAAGUUAGCAAAGGGCUUUUCUUGA